AUGGAUCUCGUGAGCCCAGUCCUUGACAUCGUCGCUCGUUUGUGGGAUUUCGGUGUUAAGCAUGUGGCGCAUGUGAAACACCUCGGCAAACGCCUAGAAGAGUUGAGAACUGCAAUGGAUGACCUCGGUGACCACAGAGAUGAUGUGAGGAUAAGGGUAGAGAUGGGUGUGAGGUCACAACGGGAGAUGGUUACGAAGCGAGUGGAAAAAUGGUUGAGCAAAGUAGAAACUAUUGAGCAGCAAGUAAUUGCCCUUAUCCAUGAAGGAAAUCUUCAGGUUGAGAGGAAAUGUCUUGGCUGCUGUCCCAGGAAUUUGCAGAAAGCCUACAAGAUAGGGAGGAAAGUGUUAAACAAGACAGCAGAAGUGAAGGAACUGUUACAGAAUGGGUAUUUUGCAACACUCACUAGAAGGCUGUCCCCCCUAUCAUCCCCUUCCACCGCCCCGGGUAGCCCUCAGAUGAUGGCUCAAUUUCCUAUGGAGAAUACCGUUGGCCUAGACUCCAAGGUUGAAGACGUAUGGGAAAAACUUGAGGAUGGAAACGUUGGGAUUAUUGGUUUAUACGGAAUCGGUGGGGUUGGUAAAACAACCCUCUUGAAGAAAAUCAACAAUGAAUUCUCUAUCCGGGACCCUGUGUUUGAUAGCGUGAUUUGGGUUACACAAUCUGAAGCAACAAAAGUUGAGGAAUUUCAAGAUAUCGUUCGGAGGAAAUUGGAAAUCUCAGAUGACACAUGGCAAAAGUGUUCAAACGAGAACGACAGAGCGUGUGAGAUAUCCAGGCUCUUGAGCCGUACAAGGUUUGUGUUGCUAUUGGAUGAUGUGCGGAAGGGGUUCUUCAAAUCCCAACUCACCAGUUUAGGCAUCCCCUUACCAAACAAGGGAAAUGGGUGUAAAAUAAUAUUUACUACCCGUUCGGAGGAGUUGUGCGGUUACUUAGGAGCUCAAGGGAGAAUUAAAGUGGAAUGUCUCCCACCAGAACAAGCCCUGAGUUUAUUUUCGAUGACGGUAGGGGAGGACAUCUUAAAUUCUAAUCCAGAGAUUCCGAAGUUGGCUGAAAUUGUUACCGCAAGGUGCAGUGGUUUGCCACUUGCACUGCUCACUGUUGGGAGCGUCAUGGCUAGUAGGAAGAGUUACCAUGAUUGGAUCUGUGCAGUUGAGAUGUUACAAAGCUACCCAUCAGAGUUUUCAGGUAUGGGAGAUUUAGUGUUUCCUCCUAUCAAGUUUAGCUAUGACAGCCUCACCUCUCCAAUCGCUAGAAAAUGUUUUCUAUAUUGUUCUAUAUUCCCAGAGAACUGGACGAUUAGCGUCGAUGAGCUUAUCGACCUUUGGAUAGGAGAGGGUCUUUUAGAUGGAACAAAUCCACGCAGGCAAGGAGAAUUCAUUAUUAGGACUUUAAAGCUUUCAUGUUUGCUGGAAGGUGAUGAAUCUAUGGAAUCUGUUUGGAUGCAUGAAAUGAUCCGAGACAUGGCACUGUGGCUAGCCCGUGACGAAGAGAAAAAUAAGAACAAGGUUUUGGUAGCAAGAAGUGGGACGCUUACCGAUCAAGAGUUCAGCAAAUGGGCAGACUCAAGUUGGGUCUCCGUGUGGGGUAGUAGUGACAAAGAGAUCAUCCAUUACCCACCAACUUGCCCUAAUCUCUCGACUCUGCUCAUAAGAGAUACACUGGUCAACGCAUUUCCUGGUGGCUUCUUCGAGUUCAUGACUUGUUUGAAAGCUUUAGAUUUAUCGGGUAAUCAAGAAUUGGUUGAGUUGCCUCCGGAGAUUGGAAGAUUGAGAAUCCUGCAGUACCUAAAUUUGUCAUUAACAAGCAUAACCAAGCUACCUACGGGCCUUUCGAAUUUGAGAAACCUCAGGUGUUUGUUACUGGAUUAUACUAUGCAUCUUAAAGAGAUCCCACCGAAGGAGGUGAUGUCUUGUCUUUCACUGUUGCAGGUGUAUAGUAAAAUGAAUGGGGUGAUGGAGUACUUUGAUGAAGUGAAAGUUUCAGUUGAUGAUGAACUUGCUUUCUUGGAGGUGUUGGAGGGAUUUAGUUGCAUGAAUAAGAUUUGUAUCACCAUAUUUUGUCACCCCUCUGUUGAAAAGAUAUUCAGCUCAUACUCCAAACGAUCAUGCAUUAGAAAAUUAAAACUUAUCGAUUGCACGGGAUUGACUUCACUACGUGCUGUCCAUGCGUUACCAAAUUUAGGGAAACUUGAGAUAUUUCGUUGUUGUUCACUUCGAGAAAUCAGAUUUUCAUAUCGGGAUGAGUUUCACAACCUUCGUCAGGUUCACGUAGGUGUUUGCCCACUGUUGCCAAACCUGAAUUGCCUUGCUUAUGCUAGAAAUCUUGAGAUCCUCACAAUUCUCGACUGUCAGUCUAUGAAACAAGUUAUAAGUGAGGAGGAGAUAGCAGGAGAUGGACAAGAUACAAGUGAGGGGAGGGUACUAUUCAAAGUCUUCCCAAAGUUAAAGAUGCUUUCUCUGACUUGUUUGCCAAGUCUGGAAACCAUUUGCCGCUACACCAAGCCCUUUUCUUCUGCUAUAGAGAUCGAAGUAUCUCGGUGCCCAUGUUUGAGGCAACUUCCAUUUGACAAUGAAAGUGUAGAUCUCCUGAAGAAAAUCAGAGGAGAAUUAGAGUGGUGGGCAGCUUUGGAUUGGUACAGUUACUCUGUUAUGGAGGCCUGUAACUUCAAAUUUAAACCCACCUCUGCACCCUCAGGAAAGGCCAAAGAAAUGACUUCUUCCACUAGCAUGAAAAAACCAGCCAAGGCUUCUAAAUCGUGA